CCGGGCGCCAUGGGGCCGUCGGGGCCCGCGCUCCUGCUGCUGGGCCUGGGCUGCCUCCUCGCCGCCCCCGAGCCCGACCCGUGGGGCUUCUCCCGGUCCGAAGUGGUCAUCCCCCGGAGGCUGACCCCCCGGGGCGGGGAGGCCCAGGAGCCCGGCCGGCUGUCCUACCUGCUGCCCCUCGACGGCCGGAGGCACGUGCUGCACCUGCGGCCCAAGCAGCUGCUGCUGCCCCGCCGCCUGCCCGUCUUCACCUUCACGGCCCGGGGCGAGCUGGUGGAGGAGCAGCCCCCCGUGCCCCACGACUGCUACUACCGCGGGGCCGUGGAGGGCGCCCCGGAUUCCCUGGCCACCUUCAGCACCUGCUUCCGGGGUCUCUGGGGGAUGCUGCGGCUGCACGGCCGCCUCUACCAGGUGGAGCCCCUGCCGGCCUCCGCCACCUUCGAGCACCGGGUGUCCCGGCUGGUCGACCGGCCGCCGGGCAACCUGACCUGCGGCCUCACCGACGAGGAGAUCGCCCGUCAGGUGACCCAGUUCCGGCUUCCGGCCUCUUCCCGUCCGAUCGACUGGUACAACUCCUACCUACACCCCAAGUAUUUAGAGCUGGCCGUGGCGGUGGACAAUGCCUGGUACAGAUUCAGAGAAAGGAAUUUAUCCACAGUCCUCCAGGACACGAUUACCCUGGUCAAUUUUGCCGACUCACAGUUUCAAACGCUGAAAGCUCACAUCUUUUUGAAAGCCCUGGAAGUCUGGACAGACUAUGACAGAGUGAAUAUUGCACAUCCAAAGUUACUUCCAGUCUUUAAGGAAUUUUUACCUUACCAGCAAAAUCACAUGUAUCCCCGUACCCACCAUGAUCUCGCACAUUUGUUUGUGUCGAAAACUUUUCCCGAUGCCUUGGGGUGGUCCUAUGGUGGCAGUAUCUGUGAUAAAGGACGGAUGGGGUCCGUAUCCAUUCUAGUAGGGAAGUCACUACUUAAUCCCGCAGAGUGGUUCACCCACGAAUUAGGGCAUGGGCAUGGCAUGGACCACGAUACGGACCAUUGUAAGUGCGAUGCCUCGACAUGUAUCAUGGGGAUUAGUGGUUCCCAUAACGGAGGUUUUAGUAAUUGCAGUUUUAAUGAUUAUUUCUCCUACACAAGCCGUUUUGCCCCCUGUCUCAAUAAUAUUCCAGAACAGUUACCGGUAGUAGAGAAAUGUGGUAAUAAAGUGGUGGAAGCAGGAGAGGAAUGUGACUGUGGAUCAGAGAGGGAGUGUAAGAAAGAUGGCUGUUGCCUGUCAAACUGCACACUGAGCCCUGGGGCAGAGUGUACCUCUGGGCUGUGCUGCAAAAGAUGCCAGUUUGUUCCAGCCGAAAAGGUCUGUAGGCCAAGACAAGGUGAAUGUGACCUCGAUGAGUUCUGUAAUGGGACCUCUAAUUUGUGCCCAGAAGAUAUGUACAAGCAGGAUGGGACCCCGUGUAGUGGCAGCGCCAUCUGUUACCAUGGUGCUUGUCAUUCUCACCUUCAGCAGUGCAGAGCCCUUUUCGGUAAAGAAGCCAUGGAUGCUCCGUUACUGUGUUAUGAGGAGGUGAAUGGGUAUAUUGACCGAUUUGGGAACUGUGGGUUAGAGGGAAACCUUUACAAAAAAUGUUUGGUAGGUAGUAUGUUGUGUGGAAGAGUGCAGUGUGUCAAUGUGAUGACCGUUCCUUCCAUGCCUGACCAUACGUCAGUCAUUCAGACUCAUGUGAAAGCCAACAAUACCAUGUGCUGGGGGACAGACUACCAUGCAUCAAUGCACACAAUGAGAAUCGCUGAUAUUGGAGAUGUCAAAGACGGCAGCUUCUGCGGCAUCGGCUUGAUAUGCAUUAACAGGACCUGCCUCAACGUGUCUCUCCUCAAUUACGACUGUGAACCUCAAAAGUGUAACAGUAAAGGGGUGUGCAACAACAAGAGAAACUGCCACUGCGAUUAUGGCUGGGCCCCUCCAUUCUGUGAGGCACCUGGGGACGGAGGGAGCGUUGACAGCGGCCCUCCAGGCAAACCGGUUAUUGCAAUGAUGUUUCAAGUUUGGUUCUUUUUCAUUCUCCGGAUCAUUCUUUUUCUUGCCUCCUUGAUCCCGGCCUCCAUGAAGUGUAUAAAAGUUUGUAAAAAAUUGUCAUCAUCAAAAACAACUAGAAAGGGAAAAAAAUGACCAAAACGUCCAUGGGAUCCCCAAAUCAGAGGUAAAGCAAAAUUGUCUGGUUGUGUGUUCUCUAUGCAAGCUUCAAAGAUACUGCCAGAGGCCUUUUUGCUGAAAACAAAGCUAUUAGUUCCAGGGUGAACAUUUUGAUUGAUUUUCAUUCUCAGGACUCUAUGGAGCCAAGUUC